UUAUUUGUUUCGUAACAAAAAAAAGAUUUUUCGCUAUAUGAAUUUUACUUACAAUGAGUCAAACUGAACCAGAGGAAGGCUCUCUUUUGUUAGAAGAGAGUGCUGAAAAGUUGCUUGCCCCCCCUUCUGUUUCGGAGUUUCCUAUUUUCAACCAAGAAGCUGCUUAUGAUGAUUUCACAACUAUUGACUGGUUUAGGGAUUUAAAUCAAGAAAGAAACAGACAAAGAAUACUUGCCAGAAAAAAACGACAAAACUAUUUUGGAUGGAUUCGAAAGAUUUUAGGAGAUGCUUGGCAAGGUUGGCUGGUAACAUUUUUAGUAGGAAUUACUGUUGGAGGAGUUUCUGGUUUUGUGGAUUUUCUGGUUCAGUGGCUGAAUGAUUUAAAGUUUGGAGUUUGUUGUACUGCUUUUUGGUUAAACAAAGGUUAUUGUUGUGCGAAUUGUGAUUCGUGGAAAUCGUGGACGGAAUUAAUUUCAGUGAACUCUAAUUUUCUCGCGUUUAUUUUUUAUGCAUUUUGGAUGCUUCUUUUUUCAGUCCUUUCUGGUGUUCUUGUAGUUUUCUUUGCUCCUUUUUCUGCUGGUUCUGGUAUUUCCGAAGUAAAAACAAUACUUUCCGGUUUUGUGAUCCGUCGAUUUUUGAAUUUUAAUACUUUAAUAGUGAAAAUUAUUGGAACGUGUCUUUCGGUAUCUGCUGGGCUCUCAUUGGGUAAAGAAGGUCCUUUUGUGCAUAUCGCUAGUUGCCUGGGGAAUGUUUUUUCUAUCAUUUUUGAAAAGUAUCGCUGCAAUGAAGCGAAAAAAAGAGAGUUGCUCUCUGCCGCGGCCGCCUCUGGGGUUUCUGUUGCUUUCGGUGCACCAAUCGGUGGAGUUCUUUUUAGUUUAGAAGAAGUCAGUUAUUAUUUUCCCCAUAAAACCAUGUGGCGCUCAUUUUUUUGUGCUCUCACUGCUGCCUCUGUACUGAAGUAUUUGGAUCCCGCGAGGACAGGAUGUUUGGUGAAUUUAUCGGUUGACUAUACUACUCCAUGGCACGUGUGCGAAAUACCAGCCUUUUUUCUCAUUGGCUUACUUGGGGGAGUUUAUGGCUCAUUGUUUGUAAAGGCAAACGUGUGGUGGAAUCGAUAUCGGGCCACGUGCUUUAUACGUCGUUACCCAAUAAGAGAAAUUUUAGUCAUAGCCUCUCUGACUGCCGUCUGUAAAUAUCCCAUACAUCUGUUGAGAAUGAAUACAACUGAUUCGUUAAAGUUACUUCUUUCAAAGUGCACGUCAAGCUCUACUUUACUUGACUGCAAUGAAGAAUACUUUAAAGCAGCUUGUGUGCUCAUUAUUUCGGUGGCCUUUACUUUAAUAUUAACGGCUCUUACAUUCGGAAUUCAGGUGCCUGCUGGCAUAUUUAUACCGUCCAUGUCCGCUGGCGCGAUGAUGGGACGACUGGUCGGAAUAUUCUUCCAAUGGCUGCGACGAAAUAGCGCAACUUUGACUCGUAUUUUUCCUUGUAAAAACAAUUCGUAUUGCAUUAAUCCCGGACUUUAUGCCCUUUGCGGUGCAGCUGCCGGAUUGGGUGGCGUUACAAGGAUGUCCGUUUCACUGGCUGUUAUUCUAUUUGAGCUCACUGGGGGACUGACGUAUAUAAUUCCCAUUAUGAUCACUAUCGUCACUAGCAAGUGGAUUGGCGACGCUUGUGGUACUUCGGGGAUUUAUGACGAACACAUUCGCUUAAAAGGUUAUCCUUUUUUGGACAGCAAAUGUGAAUACUCGUCGACGACAACUGCAAGGGAAAUACUGCAUCCCCAGCACAACGAACCGCCUUUAUGUGUUUUACUAGAAAAAGGAAAUACCGUUGGCUCAUUAAAAAGACUUUUAAAGGAGUCGCCUUAUAAAGGAUUUCCGCUUAUUGACAAUCUUGAAUCGCGAGGAUCGCUCGGAUUUGUUAAUCGAAUUGAUUUGACAACCGCUAUAGAAAAAAUCAGUGAAUCGACUGAAGUUUCCGAAGCAACAAGUGUUUGCUUUACUUUAAAAGAUUGGAAAACUUACAAUCUUUGUAUAAACUUGGCCCACAUAAACACGAUUCCCAUUCAAGUUUCAGAAGAGAUGCCUCUUGACAUGAUAGUUGAUCUUUUUCGAAAGUUGGGAGUCAGGUAUCUUUUGGUAGUUACACACGGAGAACUAAUUGGACUGAUAACCAAAAAAGAUUUGCUAAAGCAUUUGGCUAGUGUUUAUAGACAAGAUCCGGAGUUAAUAUUAUAUUAUUGA